GUCAACGAUAGAAGGAGUGCUGUUUUUAUUGUGAUUUUUCAUCAUUGAAAUUAAACGAUCCCGUUUCAGAUCAACAUAAUCUAGUUUAGUGUAACGAAAACAGGACAUUAUGGUGAAUCGACCCGUUGUUACGGGUCUUUCUCCCAAGGAAGGACCACCAGGAACGCGAGUCACGAUACGAGGAGAGUUUCUCGGAUCCAAAGCAAGCGAUUUAGUUGGUCUCACCAUCUGCGGCUGUGAUUGUCUGUUGUCGGCCGAAUGGAAGUCCGAUCAGAAGAUCAUUGCUCGCACAGGGGCGGCCAAAGGUAAAGGUGACAUCAUCGUCACGACUCGAAACGGAGGCGUAGGAACAUCUACGGUACAGUUCCGAGCCUACUACGAGACAAUUGGGCCAAUGAAAGAAUCGGCUGUUUGGAUCGAAGAAUCACCGAUGCAGUCCUUAGCCUGGGGCCGAAGAUCGUUGGCUCCGACUGGUUACAUUCAAGAGGACCCUUUGGGACUGUCAAUCGAAGGAAACGAUAAGAAGUUUCCGGAAGAUUUACGAGACAUUUUUCCGGAUGGGUCAGGCGAUUUGUCGCAGGAAAAUUUCCUCCCCGGUUGGUUUCUGCUGGAGAACCAUCAUGCUACUUCGUUUGACGAUUUGAAGGCCGGAUUAUCCUACCUGCGUCGCCGGGUUGAAAGUCAAAAAGAAGGACAAUUGUCUUUUUUGAAAUCCAAUGCCGGUUCGGUUAUCGACCAGCUCGAUACACUGAUGGCACUGCGAGACCGUGUUAGCCAGGAUGCAAAGCUGCACGGGAAAGAUCAAGUGAAGGAUCUUGAGAUGGCUAUUAAAAAUUCGAUCGGUGCUUCUCACGAACUGUUCAAAGAUGUUUUAGCUCGCAAGGACAAAGCGGAUGCCACCAGAGCUGCUUUGUCGGCCCUGUCCCGGCACAAAUUUUUGUUCUGCUUACCGAAUUCGGUGGAAAAGAGUGCCGCACGGAACGAGUUCGAUAUAGUGGUUAACGAUUAUGCCAGAGUCCGGAAUUUGUUUGGUAAAACCGAAGUUCCCAUUUUUAGAAAAGUGCUCGAAGAGGUGGACCUGAAGAUUCUCGGUAUUCGGCAGCAGUUGCACGGUAAAAUCAAAGAGAUGCCACAGGGCGUGGAACAGCAGAAGAAACUGAUUAAAGCCUUGAUCAGUUUGGAAGCGCAACAGGUAGGCACUGUUGUCGGUAGUAAAUUCUCGGUUGAAGAUCCAGCCUGGGAUGCCAUCGAGGCUCGGGCCAAAUAUCUGGAGGAAACGUUUCUGAAAACCUACGAACAGUACACGGCCAAAGAGGCAGCUCCUGGGGAGUCGAAGUCUCGUGCUGAUCCAACUAUCACUCCGAAUCGUGUGCAGUUCUGUGAAGAAAUGACUGAAAUAGCGGCCAGUCAAUUUCCGGAUCUGUGGCGUCUUGGGCAAGCAUACUUUACCGGUGAACUUCGAGCCGCGGGGCAACCAAAACCAGGCAAUUUCAAGCGCAUGAUUUUGACAGUCAUCGAGCAGUUUUGUUCCUACUUGAAAGCGGCUUUACUUCCGGCCAACAGUCAACGGUCGCUACUGGCCGGCAGUAUGAAAGGGUUACCUGCAUGGCCACCUACCAGCCCGUCGUUGAAUUAUCUCAUCACUUGGAUUCCUCACUGUCUGCGCUACGUUCGAGUUUCGUACGCUACUCUCAUUCGAUUGGAUUUACCGAAUGAAGCACUGGAUAUAGUACUAAAAUUUAUCGACGAACUGCGGCUGUACUGUUUGUCCACUAUUUUGAAGAAAGCCAACGAAAAAGCGAAGAAACUGCAUGAGAAGGAAACCUGGGAACUGACGGUAUCGGAGUUUGCCGGAGCCACCGGAUUGCCUAGCAAACUGGAAGAAAUUCUUUCCGAGGCGAUCGACGAUGCCCAAGCUGUCUGCCUGACUCCGGAAAUACGAGAAUCUUCUCUGCUGGAGCCACAGUCAGAUGGGCAGCGGGAAAUGUCCAAGCGCAUCCAGGAAAUGUUGGCCACUUUUUGCGGUGUGAUUGAAACCUUAGCUCUACAGCGCUCCGAUGAAGAUCCUCAGCAAGCACCGAUGCUGUCUCAACUGAUCGGGUUCCCGGCGACGCUACUGCAGCAGCACAGUACCGGUGACAAAAGUUGGGGUUCCAACAUCACCUGGGAGCAUCGGUUGCUGUGCUGUCUGUCCAAUUGUAUUUACUGUAACAAGCUGUUCUUUCCCAAACUCGGUGGGCUGUUCACCAAGCAUGGCUAUCCCAUUCCAACGAUUGCAAUCGAAAAUUCUCGAUCAACGGUCAACGUUUUAUUUAGUAGCCUGCUGGACAUGUACGUGGAACACAAGAGCGACCCUCUGGUUGGAACAAUCGAACCUUCUAUGUACAUUGGCCGCUUCCAGUGGGACCAGGUAUCUGUUUCGGAAAAGUUAAGCCCAUAUGCACACGAAUGCUGUGACAAUUUGGUCUCGGUAUAUUCGGAAAUAUUUUCGAUCUCACCCGUACUGCUGCGGCCGGUCCUAGAACCUAUUGUACAAACCGUAGCUGAAGAACUAGCUCGGCUUAUGACCUGCGUGCAAAAGUUUAACGUUAACGGAGCCCUACAGGCCAAGGUUGACAUUCACGUCAUUCGAGAUGCCGUACGAGUUUAUAGCAAUGAUACAGCAAAAACGUUUUUUACUGAAGCACUAGAUGCAAUACCACAGGUUCCUGAAAGUGAAGAACGAAUGCUAGAGACAGUAAGGCAAAUCAAGAAUAACAUGCGCCUCCAACUGAUGUGCCUGCAGGUUGUGGAUCCUUGACAUGAUGCUGUAAAUUUCAGGAUGUUCAGUGUUAAAACACUGCACAAAUGAAGAAAUACGUACUACUCAAACAUUGCUGAUUGGAUCACUGGCUGCACAGGUGCUGCUUCGAAUUGACGAAAAUAUUUACGCUGAAAUUAUUUACUAUCGAACCACAGAAUAUAACGCAAAUAAAUUGUUGAAAACUUU